CAUUUUCUUCAUGUUUGGAUUACGACUAAAUUUAAAGUUAUCUUAAUUCAAGUUAAAUCAUUUUGAUAACAAAAAAAAUUGUAAGCUGAUUUUUAUAAAGUGGAAGACUAAAGCUUCAAGAUGCGCAAAUUAAACAAAUGUUCAUGAAAUGUUGGAGGGAGAAAAUGCGAGUUGGCUGACAUUUAAGUUUGAAGAUCUCAAAUCGCAAUGCUGUCGUUGUGAUUUUUCUUCGUCUUCGAUUAAAUCUUGUAUGAGUAGUUCUCAAUUAAAAAUAAUUAAAAACGAAGUAGAGAAGCCCAAGAGAAAUAUUUCGAGAGCAACAUCGAAAGAAUCUAUAAAAAAUAAUCAAAGCCUUUUGUGUCAAAAGAUGGCUACAGUGAAUUUAAACGAAGAGACUAUUCAAAGUAAAGGAGAUUUUACUUUCGAGGCUUGGAAGCAAGAAAAAACGAGAGUUUACAAACAGUUAUUAAAGGAAGAAAAAAGAAAACGCGAGGAAGAAUUGUUAGAAAAGGCGAAAAAAUUGGAAAGGGAAAAAGCAGCCCAUUUCGUAUAUCUGAAUUGGAAGAGAAAUCAGCUAAAAGAGCAAAAAUUAAAACGUAUGAAUGCAAAAAUAGCAAAUGAGAUAACGAUAGCUCAAAAAAUAAAAUCUGAUGAAAGACGAUAUGCAAAUUUUCAAGCUUUUGAAGAAUGGAAGAAGGCGAAAGAAGCUAAAUUAAGAAGGGAGAAAAUGAUGAGGGGAGCAUACUAUCAACAAUAUUCUCAACAAAAUAAUGCGAGACCUCCUGGAAAAACAGAAAAUUGCGAACCAAAAAAGAAUCUAGAUUUUGAUACUUGGCUCGAUCAACUCGACAAUGUUUUGCAUGAAAAGUAUUUGAGGGAAAGGCGCUUUCAAGUUAGGUCUUUUUAUUGUCAACCUAAUUAUUAUGGAACUGCUGCCUUAAUUCAAUAAAAAUUCCAUCAAAAAUUA